AUGGCUGCGGAAGUGGCGAAUGGAAAUGCGUCAAACGCGCUUGACGAUAUCAAAGCUCCUGCCGGUGUGGUUCUGCCGCCACGCGAAAUUCGAAACAUCCUCGAAAAGACUGCUGGAUAUGUCGCGCGAAACGGCUCGGUAUUCGAAGAUCGCAUCCGAGAAAAGGAACGGCAGAAUCCCAAGUUCAGCUUUCUGAGCGUUGACGAUGCCUACCACGCCUACUACCAGUGGCGACUGAGCGAGAUCAGAUCUGGUCGCGGCACCGACAUUGCGGCCGGUCGAGUGGGAGAAACCAUCACACCGGUUCCCGAGAAGCCCAAGGGGCCGCCGAAGCCUCCCGACUUUCAAUUCUGCGCUCGAAUGCCUCACAUCAACCAGAAAGAUUUGGACGUGAUUCGGUUGACGGCGCUCUUCGUGGCCAAGAACGGACGGCAAUUCAUGACGCAGCUGGCGCAGCGCGAAGCCGGCAACCCCCAGUUCCAAUUUCUGAUUCCCAACCACACGUUUCACAACUUUUUCCAGCACAUUGUCGAUCAGUACACGUUGCUUUUGCGGGCGAGCGGACUCGACGGUGAGGGCGGUAAGCUGCAGGAGGAGCGGACAGCAGAGCUGCAGCUGAACGUGAAAGACAAAUUCCACGUCCUGAAGCGAGCAAAAGAGAGGGCAGAAUAUGCCAAAUAUCAGGAGGCUGAGAGGAAGAAGAGGGAAGCCGAGGAAGAAGUCGAAAAGGCUGAGUUUGCUCGAAUUGACUGGGGUGAUUUUGUCAUUGUCGAGACCAUUACGUUUUCCGACGCCGAUGAGAGUGCCAAUCUGCCGCCUCCCACUACCCUGGGUGAGCUGCAAUAUGCUUCGUUGGAAGACAGAAACAAGGCAUCCAUCAGUGCCAACCUGCGAAUCGAAGAGGCCAUGCCAGGCGAAGAGGACGAGCUGUACAACGGAGCCACAGAAACAGCUCCUCCAGCCUCAUUUCCCCUCCCUGUGCAUACAGGAUACGCACCACAACAGCAGCAACAGCAGCAGCAGCCACAGUUGCCAUCUCCUGUACCGGCUUAUGGCGCCGAGGUGCAUCAGCCACAGCCAUCUGCUCAGGAGGAAGAGGAGCUGCGGAGAAUACAAGAAAGAUCUGAAGCACAGGCUCGUGUGCAGGCGGCACAUUCAGAGGCUAGGGGUGGCCUUGGUCCUAUGAAGAUAAGGGAGAAUUACGUGCCACGGGCGGCACAGAAGGCGGCAACCAAGCAAGGAACGCAGAUGGCACUGUGUCCCAACUGCAAGCAGCAGAUUCCCCUCAACGAACUCGAAGCACACAUGCGAAUUGAACUCCUGGAUCCAAGCUGGAAGGAACAAAAGGCCAAGGCAGAAUCACGUUACGCUACGUCCAACAUUGCCCAUGUUGAUGUAGCCAACAACCUGAAGCGACUUGCUAGCCAGAGGAGCGACGUCUUUGAUCCUGCGACAGGAAACGCCCUCUCGGAGGAUGAACAAGCCAGGCGAAAGAAGGCGGCUAUCCAAAGCUUCGAUGGACAUCUGGAGGGAAAGAGCCAAGCGCAUCUCAAUCACCUCCAGAAUGUCAAUGUCGAUGAGCAGAUUCGCGCAAUCCAUCAGAAGUUUGCAACCAAGAAGUGA